AGUUUUAGCAGUCAAGGUAACUCGCUGUUUCUGUUAUCAUCGACCUUUCGUUCUCAAUCCCUACACUUCGUGCUCAUUAUAUGAAUGGGAACGUUUGUGUAGUCAUUUAAGUUAAUUUGUUGCCAUCACGGACAGUCGGUGAGCAAAACUGGUCAUGUCAAACAAUGCAAUUCCCAGAGACUUUGUGAAAAAUGUGCUACAAAAUGGUGUCGGCCGUUACGUGUGUCAACUCAAACGAAUAACCUUCAGAUUCUGCAAAUCCCACGGAGGAAGCAGGCACAUGAGGGAUUUUAUUGAGAACAACCUUCUUGAGUUUACUCAGAAAAACCCUGGCGUGGUAUGUUACCUGCAGCCAAGACGACACCGGCCCCCAUCAGUUGUUGCUGAAUUUUUAAAUGGCCGAAGAGAAGUUAUGCUUCUGAGUGGCAAAGAAGUUCCAGAGAUCUGCAAGUGGGUGGAACACAUGCGUACAAGGUCAGGGGUGCAAAUUGUCAAUAUGAUCCAAAAUAAUCACACAGAAACCCCAAGUACUCAAGGAAUUUGGCACCCUUUCAUGUUCAGGGAUUCAGAGAUGGCAGCCACUGAAUUUCCAAGCAAGAAAUUUUCCCAAAUACAAGUUACUGGUAAAACUGCUACAGACUUGGUACUUGAAGAACAACUCAAAGUUUCCUCUUCAGAGAGUUCUGAUUCACAUAUUGAAGGCAAAUAAAAGUAUGCAUUACAUUACAAUC